GGUAGGCGUGGAUUCCCCGCUGCCCCCACCCUCCCCCGGGCCAGCGCUCCCCCGCGUCCACACAAUGGGACUGUGAAGGCAGACACUUCUGGGGGCGCCGGAGCAGCUUGCAUUCUGGAGGAUGGGUGACGACAGACUCUCUGAACACCCCAAGCCCAUGGAAUUUCUCAACCUCCAUUUGGGAGACAACCUGCAGCCCGGCCCAGGAGCACACCUGAGGGAAACGUGCAGCCUUCCUGACCCUCCCGAACCUCGUGGGGAACAGACCUGGGCCUCUGAGCCUCCUGAGAGGCCAGAUGCUCUCCCCUCUUCCCAGGGGGAGCCCAGGCACAAAGCGGCGCCCCCCGGGUCACCCGGAAACAGCCAUCCUCUGGGGAACCCGAGGCAGGGCCAGAGCACGUCCGCCCAGGUGGUGUUCUGGGCAGGCAUCCUGCAGGCCCAGAUGUGUGUCCUGGACCUGGAGGAGGAGCUGGAGAAGACAGAGGGGCUCAGGGCUGAGCUGAGGUGCUGUCUCCCUGCGGCCCCCGUGGAGCUCCCCCCUUUCCCCUCGAGCCCCGCAGGCCCCCGGAGCUCAGGCCUCCACCCCAGCUCACCGGUGGAGGCGGCCCAGCGGGGAGACAGCAGUGGCCCUGAGGCGGAGAACCAGCACUGUGUGUGGCCCAGGGAGGGAGGGACAGACUCCUCCCCGGAGUGGGGUGCUGAGGAGGAGAGUGUAUUCUUCGACAAUCCCCUCUUUUUGGAGAGCCCUCGCUCGGACACGAGUGCUUCUGGAGCUCGUUUUUCCUGGGGGCUCUCAGACUCCCAUGAGCCCCAGUGUCCGCAGAUCCUGGAGCCUCCACUCCCAGGAGGGGGAGUGCUGUGGGAACUGGCCAGCGAGCCGGGUUUAGGGGAUGGCACAGCUGAUUACAGCGGACGCACCACGCCUUCAUUCCCUGUGCCCACCUACAAACCUCACUCCUUCUCGUGGACUGUGGAGGAUGAGGCCACCAAGGGGACCCCUGAAGCACCUCCGGACUCGGGGGAGAGUGAGACUUCUCUGGCAGACAGUCUUGACCCUGCCCCACCUGCUGCAUCCUGUGUGGACAAAGCAUUGGCCUGGGAAACAGGACAAGUCGGAUCUGAUCCCAGCUCUGCCGUACGUCCUGUGCAACCUUGGGCCCUGCCCGGCCCAGAAGGCUGGCAGACAGAAGAGGGUCCUUCCUGGCCCCAGGUGCCUCUGAUCUCCCAGGACCGAGGUGACAGUGAUGCUGAGUGUCCCCAAGAGUCUGCUCUGCGCAUCUUGGCUCCUGGCCCCUGGGGGAGCCCAGCCUCAUCGCCAGAACCUAGCAGCCCCGAGUCUGAGAACAGAGGCCCCGGCCCCAGGCCCAGCCCCGUGUCCUCCCGGGAAGGCAGCCCAAAGCCCCGGGGCCCCCACUGGGACAGCAGUCUUCCUGAGCGGACACUAGAUGCUUCACGCCCUUCACUCUUGGAGACAGGUGGGGCAGAGCCACGUUUCCUGGAGAAAGAGGAGGCAGGAGAGGCCCCACAGCCAGGGGAGGAAGUAAGGAGUGAAGGCCCAGCCAGGACUCCAGAGGCUGGAGCCGUCCAGCCUGGUGCUCGCUUGACCUCUGCAGAAGGGGAGAAUCUGAGGACACUGUUGGACCUUUGCAGGCUUCCUGAGAGCCCCAUGCCCCAAGCGCAGUCCCCGGAGGAAGGCCAAAGGCCACAGACUGGAGACAAGCUGGCUAAUGGUGUCAGCACCGACAAGGUGGCCUGCAACUUGGCCUCUCGCCUCUAUCACCUGGAGGGCUUCCGGAAGUCUGAAGUGGCUGCCUACCUGCAGAAGAACAAUGACUUCAGUAGGGCCGUGGCUGAGGAGUAUUUGUCUUUCUUCCAGUUUGGAGGCCAGAGCCUGGAUCGAGCCCUCCGGGACUUCCUCCAGGCCCUGGUGCUCAGCGGGGAGACUCAGGAGCGGGAGCGAAUCCUCUACCAGUUCUCCAAACGCUUCCAUUACUGCAAUCCCGGGGCCUUCUCCUCCGCAGAUUCCGUUCACACCUUGACCUGUGCCGUCAUGCUCCUCAACACGGACCUGCACGGACAGAACAUUGGGAAGAGCAUGAGCUACCAGGAAUUCAUAACCAACCUGAACGGCCUGCGGGACGGCGGGAACUUCCCAAAGGAGCUGCUGAAGGCCCUCUACUGGUCUAUCCGAAGUGAGAAGCUUGAAUGGGCCGUGGAUGAAGAAGACGCAGGCAGAGCAGAGAAGGCCCAGGUGUCUUCCCACACCGGCAAGAUGAGCAGCCCCUUCCUCCAGCUGGCCCAGAACCCCACAGCGCCCACCUACAAGCAGGGCAUCCUGGCUCGGAAGAUGCAUCACGAUGCGGACGGCAAGAAGACGCCGUGGGGCAAGCGCGGCUGGAAGAUGUUCCACACCUUGCUUCGAGGGAUGGUCCUCUACUUCCUGAAGGGAGAGGACCACUGCCCCCCUGCAGGGGAGAGUUUGGUGGGACAGAUGGUGGACGAGCCCGUGGGGGUGCACCACUCGCUGGCUACGCCGGCCACCCAUUACACCAAGAAGCCGCACGUCUUCCAGCUGCGGACUGCCGACUGGCGCCUCUAUCUCUUCCAGGCUCCCACUGCGAAGGAGAUGAGUUCCUGGAUCGCGCGCAUCAACCUGGCGGCCGCCACGCACUCGGCACCGCCCUUCCCGGCCGCGGUGGGCUCCCAGCGCAGAUUCGUCCGGCCCAUCCUGCCUGUGGGCCCGGCCCAGAGCUCCCUGGAGGAGCAGCAUCGAUCCCACGAGAACUGCCUGGACGCUGCCUCCGACGACCUGCUGGAUCUGCAGAGGAACUUACCCGACCGGCGGGGCCGGAGCCGCGAGCUGGAGGACUACCGCUUGAGGAAGGAGUACCUGGAGUAUGAGAAAACCCGCUACGAGACCUACGUGCAGCUUCUAGUGGCCCGUCUGCACUGCCCCUCAGAUGACCUGGACCUGUGGGAAGAGCAGCUGGGGAGGGAAGCCGGAGGCACUCAGGAGCCCAAGCCCAGCCUGAAGAAGUCCCACUCCAGCCCAUCCCUGCACCAGGAAGAGGCCCCCACCACGGCCAAGGUGAAGCGCAACAUCUCAGAGCGCAGAACUUACCGGAAGAUCAUACCCAAGAGGAACCGCAAUCAGCUCUGAAGCUGGCACCACCACAAGGACUCUGGCCCCGUGUUCGGGCGGGGAACCUGAGAUGAGACCCCAUGGAGGAGCCUUGUUUCAGGGUCCGUGUUGGGGCAUGAGGCCCUCCCCUUGCCCGCCGAAGGACAGGCCCUGUUUCUCUGCAGUCCUCACUGGAGCUCUCCUAAUACGGCUGUGCCCACCCCCACGGCAGCCCCAGCUGCCCCAGUCCCUGCUCACUCCCAAGGGAGGACAGAGGUCAAGGGAUUGGCUGCACUCCCAUGUCACCCUCCCCCCUUCCACAAUCCAGAGUGGCCACAUUUCUUGGGCCUGGGGGCAGCUCGGCGCUUAUUUGAGAAUCAGAGCAGCCGCGGGCCCUGAGCUUCCAAAAGGGAGGCUGGGGCAAUGGAAGCCUCUGGGCAGUCAAGCCAGGGGAGCCACAGCCCUGAGGAUGGUCUUGCUCUGGGAGUCAGGUGACCUGCGGUGAGAGGUCCUGGGAGACCCCAGCCAGCCUCAGGUGACUGGGAGACCAGGGUGGCUCGGCCCCGCCCCCUGACAGGUAGGCCUUCAGGGGGCCUUCGAGGACAAACUCAGUGAGGCUGACUCUGGGGCCCUGGGCCUUUGUGUCCUUUCUCCCUACAAUCAUCCACACACCCGGGGCAGAUGAGAGAGGCCCCACCUCACACACCCAAUUGCUAAUCAUCAGAGCAGAGCCCUUGGUGGUCAGUGAGGGCCAGAAGGGGUUGGGGCCUCCAGAGCUCCGUGCAGAGCCCUGGGAACAAGGGGCCUUUGUUUCCCCAGAGCAGGGAAGGAGGUCCUCCGGGUUCAGACCCCUGGGAGAGGCCGAGAGGCAAGAGGCCGUGAUACAUCCCCUGGGGUCUCUCUUGGAAGGAGCUGGUCUGAGAGCUGGGAGGGCCAGGUAGAAGGCUGGCUCCCUCCCACACACCCCAUCCCAUAAAGUUGCAUUCCCAAGGAGGGGCACCAGGGCACCUUCCAGACCCCUCUUUCUCCCCGCCAGCUCUCAGGGGGCUUUGCUGCCUUUCCUCGGCAGUCCCCCUGUGCUGCCCUCUGGCUGCCUCCCAGCUGGGCUCUGGGGGAGGUUCCGGACACUCAGGGACCUCAGGCUCUGCCUGUGGGAAGGAGGCUGGGUUGGCGAAGCAGCCACCAUUGUCUCUGUUCAGCCAAGUGUGCGAGCAGGCUGCCCGCCAAGAGGGCCUCUGCUGCCUGUCUGCGGCCUGCUGGCUGGCGCACUGCUCUCCCGCCUUCCUGCCGGGGCCCCUCUCCUCCCAUCUGUGCUGGAAACCAGCCCUGGGGUCUGGAACGCCACCAAGUGGGGCUGGCCCUUGGGGACCACAAGGGGUGUCUGGCCAGGGCUCAGGGCCGGGCCGGGUACCCAGUGGGUGCCCAAUACAUGCAGGCCAGUGAAGAAGGAGGUGCGCACGAAUGUGUCAGGAAGGGAGGGUCAGGCAGAUGUGCGCAGCUGGAGCCACCUGCAGGGGGCCAGGCUGGGUCUCCCUUCGCCCGGGCGCGUCUGUGCCUAUGCGGGUCUGUGUGCCUGUAUACGGGUGUGUGUGUGUGUGUGUGUGUGUGUGUGUGUGUGUGUGUGUGGGUGUGGAGCACUGCGCUUGCAGGCUGUCAGAGCCUUGGGGGGCCUCAAUCAUUUGUUCAUCCACUCAUUUGUUCAUUCAUUCAUUUCACAAAUAAUAUUGACCACUUUUUAUGGGCCAGGACGAGGGCAUUCCAGAAUGACUGAAACACGUCUCUGGCCCCCCGGCGGUAGCAGUCCUGUUCUCUGGUUCCUUGCUGUCACAUAGAGGUGCACUUCAUCUUGCGGGGGAGGCCUGCUGAAGACACAUUCCCACCCUCUGCUCAAGGAUUCGGAUUCAGUAGAUGUGGGUCAGGGGCACGGAUAGAUAUUUUUAAAGCAGCUUGGGUCACUGAUGUGCAGUUAAUAGGUGAGAACUAGCAACAAGUAGAUGUGACUUGUCCCAGGACCGACGCAAGCUUGGCCUUGAGUGGGUUAUUUGACCUCACUGAACAUGUACCCAUAUUCCUAAAACCAGAAUAAAAGGUGAAGGUUUGUCCGCA